ACCCAUUUCGUCAGUUCCCUUCUGCCUUUCCCGCUCUCUGGGCUGUAAGAAUACGCCAGUGUACGCCCGCACGCAACCUUUACGCGCUGUGUAUGAAAGGAACAGCUUCAGCUCCAUAUUCUCCUCGCACACCGGCAUCCGAUUCUACUCGUUCAGGGCUGUAAGACAUGUCAGACGAAUUCAUCGUAAGGGUUCGAGGCUUGCCUUGGUCAUGUACAAAGGAGGAAGUACUUGAGUUUUUUUCAGAAUGCAGUAUCAUUGAGGGUGUAAGUGGGAUCCAUUUCACUACCUCCAAAGAAGGACGUCCCAGUGGUGAGGCUUUUAUUAUAUUGGACACUGAGGAAGAUCUUAAGAAGGCUUUAGAGAAAGACCGAAAAUAUAUGGGACACAGAUACAUAGAAGUAUUCAAGUCAAACAACACAGAAAUGGAAUGGGUUUUAAAACACAACAGUACUGGGGAUGUUGACACAGCCUCAGAUGGCACAGUUCGGCUUCGUGGGCUUCCUUUUGGCUGCAGUAAAGAAGAGAUUGUACAGUUUUUCUCAGGGUUGAGAAUCGUGCCAAAUGGGAUAACAUUGACGGUGGACUACCAGGGGAGAAGCACAGGGGAGGCCUUCGUGCAGUUUGCUUCAAAGGAGAUAGCAGAAAAUGCUCUGGGGAAACACAAGGAAAGAAUAGGGCACAGAUACAUUGAGAUAUUUAAAAGCAGCCGAAGUGAAAUAAGGUCACAUUAUGAUCCUCCUCGGAGAAUGAUGGGACAGCGCCCAGGGCCAUAUGACAGACCAAUGGGAGGCCGUGGAGCUUAUUAUGGAGCUGGCCGUGGAAAUAUUUAUGAUCGAAUGCGUGGUGGUGCAGGGUAUGGUGGUGGCUAUAGUGGUUUUGAAGAAUAUGGUGGCUUUAACAACUAUGGGUUUGGAACAGAUGGAUUUGAUGAUCGGCUACGGGAAAGCAGAGGUAUGGCUCAAGCAUAUGGUGGAGGAGCUGAUGGAACCACAGGGUUUCAUAGUGGACACUUUGUACACAUGAGAGGAUUGCCUUUUCGAGCUACAGAAAGUGAUAUAGCCAAUUUCUUUUCCCCACUGACUCCUAUCAGAGUUCACAUUGAUGUUGGAGCAGAUGGCAGAGCAACUGGAGAAGCAGAUGUGGAAUUUGCAACACACGAAGAUGCAGUAGCAGCUAUGUCUAAAGAUAAAAAUAAUAUGCAGCACCGGUACAUCGAGUUAUUCUUGAAUUCAACUGCUGGUGGUGGAGCUGGAAUGGGAUGUUAUAGCCGAGAUGGCUUAGGUAUGUCUGAUGGUACUGGCUAUGGAGCUGUGAGCAGAAUGGGCAUGACUGGAAACUACAGUGGGUGUUAUGGAAACCCUGAUGGAUUAGGAGGAUAUGGAAGGGGCAAUACUGGAAACAGCGGGGGCUACUAUGGGCAACAUGAUAACAUGGGAGCUGGAUGGCGCGGAAUGUACUAGCAAGGAUUGCCUUGUCUAAAGGAAAUCCUGGAAGAAGCAGAUUUUUAGUUACUGUUUGUGUUUAGUUCUUUGUAUGGACUGAAGGAAUAUGUUCUUAAAUUUUUAGUGAGCAAAGUUCAGUUGAUGUUGCCUGUAGGAAUUUGUUUGACUGAUAAUGUUGACUUUGAAUAAAUUUUUUUUAUGAUCAAAAAAAGUCACACUGCUUAUGCAUAGGCAGAACUUAAUGUAUUUGCAAGUUUUUUACACUACUCGGUGACAUUUUAUUUAAGGGUGAAGAGGCAGUUCAUACAGUUCUAAAUCCUACUCGGAAAAGUGCUUUUAAUGGGGAAUUCUCUCUUCACCGUUUCAUAAAUAGGCCACUAUUUUCACUUAAAUUCUGUAAUGCCUCUAAAGAUAAACCCCUUUCUUGCUCAUGUCUGCAGUAUUUCUAAAGACAGGACGGCGGAUACAAUAUUUAUUUUUACUUUUAUACUUGUGCUUAUUUUGUUUUCUGCAUUUCCCUUUUAGCCAGUUUUUAAUACACAGCUUUUUAACCCUUUUAGUGCCAGAUGCAGUGGAAUCUACGUUGCCGGCAUAAAAGGACCAUAAUGCCAACUUUGGAAAUUCCAGUUUCCACUUCGAUCUAUACCAAGUCACGUGUUUACUGGCAAUACACUGGGCAGCAGGAUCCAAAGGGAUGGGGUUGACACUUAAAGGGUUAAAAAGAGCAUAUUUGGGUAUAUGCUUUAAUUGCUGCUGCUGCCAGAGCUUUGUCCAUUUUAAUUCUACAGUUUGUAAAUGAAUGAACCAAAUUAAAAGUUUGUAAAUCAAUAAAACCCAAAUCCUUAGUUUGGUUGAAAAUGCAGUUAUUUGUACUUGCAAACAGUGUAGUUCUUCUACAAUAAGAGUAGCUGCACCUUUAUUGAGUAAGCCUAGUAUUAAGGAAUACAUAUAGUGUAACAUUGGCCUGUUUGGGAAAUCUGAUGCUUUCUGCUAUUGCAUUUAUUGACCCAUUCUGCUGAUCAUGGCCCCCAAAAAUUCACAACCCAUUGACCAUUUAUGUCCCCUUCUGACUAUUCUGGAAUAUAAGGCAGUAUGCAGGGGUUUGAAAAACAGUAGCAACUUAGGAAUUGUUAAUACUACAAGCUGAGCUGCCUUCAUUGAGGAUUGGUGAAAGGGGGGGAAAAGAAAUUGUCUUACUGAAAUAUUAAGUUAAAUCUUAUUAAAAUAACACAAGACCA